CCCUGCUGACCAUUCUGUCCACUCCGCAGGAUCCUGCUGACCGUGGUGGUCACUCCCUGAUCCUGCUGACCGUGGUGGUCACUCCCUGACCCUGCUGACCACUGUGUCCACUCCCCAGGAUCCUGCUGACCGUGGUGGUCAUCUUCCGCAUCCUCAUCGUGGCCAUCGUGGGCGAGACGGUCUACGAGGACGAGCAGACCAUGUUCAUGUGCAACACGCUGCAGCCGGGCUGCAACCAGGCGUGCUACGACAAGGCCUUCCCCAUCUCGCACAUCCGCUACUGGGUCUUCCAGAUCAUCCUGGUGUGCACGCCCAGCCUCUGCUUCAUCACCUACUCCGUGCACCAGGCGGCCAAGCAGCGCGAGCGCCGCUGCUCCUUCCUGGCCCCGCUGCUCGAGCCCCGCCGGCCCAAGGCCAACGCGGCGGCGGCGGCGCUGGCCACGGCCGCGGAGGCGGCGGCCAAGGAGGAGCCCGAGGCGGCGGCGGCGGCGCGGCCGGCCCGCAGCGCCAAGGUCAAACGGCAGGAGGGCAUCUCCAGGUUCUACGUCAUCCAGGUGGUGUUCAGGAACGCGCUGGAGAUCGGCUUCCUGGGCGGGCAGUACUUCCUCUACGGCUUCAACGUGCCGGCCAUCUUCGAGUGCGACCGCUACCCGUGCGUCAAGGAGGUGGAGUGCUACGUGUCGCGGCCCACCGAGAAGAGCGUCUUCCUGGUGUUCAUGUUCGCCGUCUCGGGCGUCUGCGUGCUGCUCAACCUGGCCGAGCUCAACCACCUGGGCUGGCGCAAGGUGCGCGCCGCCGUGCGCGGGGCCCGCGCGCGCCGCAAGAGCCUGAGCGAGGCGCGGCGCAAGGAGCCGGCGGCGCCCGCGCCCGCGCUGGGCAGGACGCAGUCCAGCGAGUCGGCCUACGUGUGA